CCCUCCCAGGCCCCAAAAAGCUGGAGAAAGGAAGAGUGUGCAGAAGCAGGGAGAUGACUCAGAGUCAGAGGGAGUCCUGGCUCCCUGCAGGGCUGGUUGUUGGCACAGCAAAUCCACAGCCACAAAAAAACUCUUCAUCCACCAGAUAACUGUGGGCAGGUGCUGCCAAGCCCCAGAUGUUUCCCAUUAGCAUUGUCUCAGGUGUGGGGUGGUUAUAAAUGGUCCAGAGGAGGACAGAGAGGCUGUCUGUGGGAUAUCUGGUAACUUCUUGGGGCACCCUCUGCUUUUACAGGCCAGUGUCACCUCUACCUGUUCUGUUUCAUAUGGUAACAUGGAUGACUGGGACAACAGCAACAAAUUCAUUCAGCAACUGGACUUUUCCAGUUGUGGYGAAGAGAGUGAAGACAGAAGUAUAAAUGAGGAGGACUCCCUGAACCUGACCCCUCCCAGAAACUCAGAGUUCCAGAAAUGGCAAGAGAGCAGUCCUCUGCCAGCAACCCCUCAGAGGAAGUUUAGUGAGAUUUUCCUGAGCAGGACAAAAGCCUGGAUGAGUCCUACCCUGAAGUCUUCCCCAUCUGUGAGCAAGAGCUGGAGCAAACCUGAGACACCCCUGCACAUCACCUGGAAAAAGCUGCAGCUCUGUGACACCCCCCACACUCCUAAGAGCCUGUUAUCAAAGACAGGUUUUCCURCAUCUGCAACAAAGGUCCCGCCCAAAGGCUUCCGACAUCUGAAACUUACUCCUGGUUCUGACUCUGAAGACUCUUCCCAAGCUUCUCUUGUCAACAUUAAUCCCUUCACACCAGAGUCCUAUCGACAAACACUCUUUCUUCCUAAUGGCAAACGGAAGAACAGAGGAGAACUGAAUGAUCCUGAUCCAGGAAGCCAGAUGAAACAGGAGCUACCUAGAAAUAGAUACACUCUGAAAGCCAGCAAUAUGGUUUCCCGCUACAAGAAGGAGUUCCUGGAACUAGAAAAGAUUGGUGUGGGGGAAUUUGGCUCUGUCUACAAGUGCAUCAAACGCCUUGAUGGAUGUGUUUACGCCAUCAAACGCUCCAAAAGGCCUCUGGCAGGAUCCUCGGAUGAGCAGCUGGCCCUGCGAGAGGUUUAUGCUCACGCUGUCCUGGGCCACCACCCCCACGUCGUGCGCUACUACUCGGCCUGGGCAGAGGAYGAUCACAUGAUUAUCCAAAAUGAACACUGCAAUGGUGGGAGUCUCCAAGACGUGCUGCUGGAAAAUGCAAAGCUCGGGCAGUAUUUCCCAGAAGAAGAGCUGAAGGAAAUAUUGUUACAAGUCUCCAUGGGACUAAAAUACAUCCACAACUCUGGCCUUGUGCACCUGGAUAUCAAACCUAGUAAUAUCUUCAUCUGUCACAAGCUGGCAGUUUCAGGCCCUGCUGGGCAGGAGGAGAGUGACAGUGAAGAUGAGUUCUCUCCUGGUGUGGUGUAUAAGAUUGGUGACCUUGGACAYGUGACAUCAAUAACAAACCCUCAGGUGGAGGAAGGAGACAGACGUUUUCUGGCCAAUGAAGUUUUGCAAGAGCAAUACUGYUACUUGCCCAAGGCAGACAUCUUUGCCCUGGCACUCACGGUGGCUCUGGCAGCCGGCGCAGCGCCACUGCCUCACAACGGGGCCCUGUGGCACCACAUCCGCAAAGGAAACCUCCCAUCCAUCCCCCAGAAGCUUCCCCACCGCUUUCUGGAGCUCCUGAAGCUCAUGAUCCAUCCUGACCCGGUGCAAAGACCAUCUGCCACAGCUCUCACUAAGCAUCCUGUUCUCCGUCCUUCCUGUGGAAAAGCUGUGCAGCUCCAGGAGCAGCUAAAUGAGGAAAAAAACAAGACUGCAAUGCUGGAAAGGGAACUUAAAGCAGCUCGUCUUGCCCAGACCCUCAUGAAGGACCAAGCCUUAGGAAGUGCCAAGUUACAAGAGUCUGAAACCUCUUCUAAGCAGAAGAGCAAGCGUCUGGUGGGAGGGAAGAGCUGUCGUUCAUUUAGCUUUACUCUGGGUUACUGAAAUUCUGUGUUGUCCAAAGAGCUCUGACUGCUGAAUGGUCCUGUGAAAGCAGAGGGUCUGCRCAGACCAAUGCCCCAUUUUCUCUCCCUGUCACUUUUUGUUUGAUUUAUUUGUUCCCCUGUUAGUUGUGAUGAGAUGUUGGCUGAAGAAAGAAUGACARAUGCUGGAUCAUGGGAUUUAAGGCUGUCCUCAGUCUUUUACCUGUUUAAUUUCUUGUGUAAAUGGUCUUGCUAUAGACUAAUCAUCCACCAUGAUGAAAGAAUGGCAUUUUCUCUACUCACUUCCCUCUUUCUUCAGUUGGGCCCUGUUAUUGGUGAUUUUGUGGUCUUCUCUCUUGGGCUGACUAUAUCUUUAGAGGGGUGAUCAUGGCUGUACAGGGAGACAGCAUCUACAGCUGGGCACUUCCAGGAGCAASUGGGUAAAGACUAAGGCAGCCAGUUUUAGCUACACAUCAGGAGCCAGGCAGGUUAUACAGCAGUCCUGGAAGGCUUGGGAUGCAGGUGGAGUGGUGUUUCAGUGAUGGGGAACACAGAGUAAAAGAAAAUACUGAAGGAGUGGAAGAAAAACCUUCUUUCAGAUUUCAGCAACAGAACUUUUGUAACUGGGUAUGCUUUAACGGACUGGUUAGUCCCUGAUGCCUGACUUGUUUUCUGUCACUUGGUAAGGACUCCUUGUUCAAGGUAGGGGAGACARCUACAGUGUAUUGGUAGCUGGGUCUGUACCUAUUUCCCUUCUGCUAUCUCGCACGGGCGCAGCUGUGUAAGCUGUAGCCUUUCAGCGAAGAUGAUGGCAAUUAGGAAGGGCUUUUUCAGGUUUUUGGAGUKGCCCAUGUUAAUUGUGGUAUGUAUUUAAUAUAUGAGAUCUCAUGCACCUUCUCCCCUCCCCGCUAAAUGUAAUUUUGGGGGUCCUUGCAGCUCGUGUGCGUUGGUUGGAUAGAGCUGUUAUGAGGCAGAGCGUGAGCUUAGUACCUCGGUUAUUUCCAGGUUUUACUGGUUUGUUUUACGAUGUUCCGCAUGCUGGCUUUUAACUGUUAGAUCGUUUCGUGCGAAUAAAGGUUUUAUCUUUCUUUUAA